UCCUUGCUGAUCUGGUCCCGCCCCUGCCGAGAGCUCGGGGCCGGAAGAUGGCGGCGGCCGCUGAGUUGACGCUGCUGGAGAAGUCUCUGGGGCUGAGUAAAGGGAACAAAUACAGCGCUCAGGGCGAGCGCCAGAUCCCAGUUCUUCAAACAAACAGUGGUCCGAGUCUGACGGGGUUGACCACCAUAGCAGCUCACCUGGUCAAGCAGGCCAACAAGGAGCAUCUGCUGGGGAGCUCGGCAGAGGAAAAGGCAGUGGUGCAGCAGUGGCUAGAGUUCAGGGUCACGCGCGUGGAUGGGCAGUCCAGCAAAGACGACAUCCGCACUGUGUUGAAGGACCUCAAUUCAUAUCUUGAAGAUAAAGUCUACCUUACAGGCUAUAACUUCACGUUAGCAGAUAUCCUGUUAUACUAUGGACUUCAUCGCUUUAUUGUUUGCAAAGAAGAUUGGAGAAAGAACUGUCUCACUCUUUCAGAAGCUAUUCUCCCCCUUUCUCCCAUUUUCCUUUCCAAUAAAACAAAAACCAGACUCUUCAGUCCUCCAGCUCCUGGUAUAAUGUAAAUUUUUCAGAUUUCACUAGAAAGUACUUUUGGUUCUGAAUUGAACAUUAAAAGCAUCAGACAAAUAGAAAGCUCUUCCAAGUGGCUGAACUGUUUCACUCCUGUCUUGAGUAUAUUUGGCUUUGAAAACUGUAGGGUUUUUUGUUUUUUGUUUUCCCCCAAUUUCUAGCUCCUACCCAAAUGAUAUUCAUAGUUGCGCUUAUGUAAUGUCUGUGUUGUGUGUGUGUUUUUAAUCUCUACUUAGGUUGACCUGACUGUUCAAGAAAAGGAGAAAUAUCUUAAUGUGUCUCGCUGGUUUUGUCACAUUCAGCAUUACCCGGGCAUCAGACAACAUCUGUCUAGCGUUGUUUUCAUCAAGAACAGACUAUAUACUAGUUCUCACUAGAAGCCGUCCGUGCUCUGCAGAAGAGUGGUGAAAUAUUUUAAACGGAGAGUGUAUUCUGGACCAGAGGACUAACGUACAUGCGUACGCAGUUGUUCUUUAUGUGUGGAAGCCGGCAGAAUUUGUAAAGCAUAUACAUGUGUCCCAAUGUUUUAUUUGUUCCUUAGUUGAAAUUUUGCAGUUUUUUUUUUAAACUUUUUUUUAAAACUUGAACUGCUGUCGAAACUUGAGAUCAAGGUAUAAACCAUCUUGUUUUAUAGGUGAAAUUUAUUUUAAGAAAGGUUAUAAAUCAGUGGCUGAAUGCUCUUAGGAAAAAAUAGUCCUUCCAGUGGUUGACACGUUUGGCUAUUUGUUGACCUCUUCUGUCGUCUUCUAAAAUUCAUUUUCCCCUUCUGAAUAUUUCUAAGCGCUUUGUUUAUUAAGAACUAUAGUACAUUGUGCCAAGGAGGCAAAAAAGGGAAGACAGAUGGAUUUGUUUUCAGAUGUUUAUGUGCGCCAGUAAACAUGGUUGAGAAAAUCUUU